AUGAAAGGAUUCGUUACGGGAUCUAAGUCGACGGCUAGGGUUUUGACAACUUUGUUAAGUGUCUCGUUGUUGGGGGUAAUGGAAGGUAUGCCACUUGUCAUCUCAAUUGCAACAAUUAUAUGGAGCCGCAAAACACUAGCGCGCAAGGCCACUGAGAGAGAUUACCUUGCUUGCAUUAAGAUGGCCAGUGUCACUACCGUAAUUUGCGCCGACAAAUUCGGAGGGCUGACGGAGCACGAUUAUAAAGAGGUCGAAAUCGACAAGUUUUAUGUUGGUGAAGGAUUUGUGUGUGAAAGCUCGGUUGUAGCAUCCAAUGUUCUCGAUGGUUUAUGUGAUGGAAUCGGUACGGUUUUUCUGACGCACGAAGACGAUUAUUGCGGGUCGGAAUUAGGGCAGAUGGUCUCGUGGGCCGAGGCGAAAUUGGGCAUGAAGAGAGAAUCUGUGAUUGAACAAUGCACACUGAUAAGCUAUUGCAGUGUGAACAUUGAUCCCUUGCAACAACUUUGCCAAGUAGUAAUAAUGGAGAAAAGUAGUAAAGGGAGAACCCUGCAUUGUAAAGGACCACCGGGAUAUAUACUGUCGUUGUGUUCACACCAGUACGAUGCUGACGGGAGAAUACAGGAAAUAGACGAACCGAGACGGAGAACCCUCGAACAAGCCAUUCAACAAAUGCAAUCUGAUCAAGAAGCGGAUCAAGCGAUUGCAUUUGCUUAUAAAUAUGUGACGAUGGAUUUCGAUCAUGAGUGCUCAGCACCAGUUGAAUCGAAAGACUUGAUCUUCUUAGGAAUGAUUAGACAGAGAGAAACGAGAACCGACGAUACGAAACGAGCUAUCACACGCUUGAAGGCCGAACGUGGAAUUAGGACAGUUCUUGCCACGAGAGAUGAUGUUGCCGUACUCGAAACCAUUGCCCGAAACUGCGGGCUGCUGUUAACUACUCCCGAAUCGGCCGGCGAAGAUUUAUCGGUUAGUAUUACAGCCGAAGAAUUCCGGAAAUGGAGCGAUGAACAGAAAAUGGAGAAGGUAGACAAGAUUUGUGUUAUGGGAAACUGUCUCCCAUCCGACAAGAUCCUUCUCAUCGAGUUGUUGCAAAAGAAAGGGCAUGCGGUGGCGCUUCUAGCACAGCGAACGACCGACGCGCCUGCACUGAGAAAAGCUGACGUGGGCAUCGCUUUCGGAUCUUGGAGCUCCGAAUUGGCAAGAGAGUGCUCCGACAUCACCAUCUGGGAUAUUGGUAGUAACCCCUUCACCUUUCUGCUAAACGUCGUCGUAGGCGGGAUCCAUUUUCAAGAAAACAUCAGAAAAUCCAUCCAGCUCCAGCUUAUCGUCACAAUCUCAAGCACGCUGAUCAACUUCACUGCAAUCGUGUUCCUCGGAGAUUCCUCCAUAACAGCCGCCCAGCUUCUCUGGCUGAAUCUGGUCGUCGCACUCGCGGGACUGGUGCUAAUGCUGACUGGGCCGUCGCCGGCGGCGGUGACGUCAUCGUCGGGAAAGCUGAUGACGAAGGCAAUGUGGCGGAACAUAGCCAUUCAAGCUUCGUACCAGACGGCCGUGUUCGUGGGGCUUCAGCACAGAGGGAAGGAUAUGCUGGGAACGAGUGGGGGGCGAGUCAAAUCGGUGAUAUACAACGGGUUGUUCCUGUGCCAGAUGUUCAACAAAUUCGUAGCUAGAGAGAUCGAAAGGAAGAAUUUCAUGAGUGGUUUAUUUGAGAAGAAGAAUGUUUGGUUUUGGGUGGGUUUGGUUGGGUUCUUGAUGAGUCAGAUAGUGUUUGCGGCGGCGGAGCAUGUUAUCGGGGGCACUCCGGGGUUGACUUUUCAGCUUUGGGGUUUCUGCUUCCUAAUCGGCGUCGUUUCGUGGGUGCUGGAUUGGAUUGGGAAAACUGUCUCUGAUUUAAUUGGAUUGGUUGGUUUCUGGAAAUAUAAUUUAUAA